AUGUGGGCCAGAGACCGGAGUUACCCACCGGCCGGGUUCUUCACGCCACCGCCUCCACGGAAAUCAGGGCCGCCGAACCCUCCUCCGAUGUCGGAGAGGAAGAGAGUCUCGCCGGCGGCGGCAAGGUCUGAUCUUUUUCACGUCGCGCAUAAAGUUCCGGCCGGCGACUCCCCGUACGUCAGAGCUAAACAAGUUCAGUUGAUAGACAAGAACCCCAGCAAGGCCAUAUCCCUCUUUUGGGCAGCUAUAAAUGCCGGAGAUCGAGUUGAUAGUGCAUUGAAAGACAUGGCAGUGGUCAUGAAACAACUGGAUCGAGCUGAGGAGGCGAUUGAAGCGAUUAAAUCCUUUCGCCAUCUCUGCCCCUAUGAGUCUCAGGAGUCUCUUAACAAUGUGCUAGUGGAAUUGUACAAGAGGGCAGGAAGGAUUGAAGACGAGAUUGAAACGCUUCAGUCCAAACUGAAACGUAUGGAUGAAGGUAUAGCCUUUAAUGGAAAGAGGACAAAGACUGCGAGAGCUCAGGGGAAAAAGGUUCAAAUUACUGUUGAACAGGAGAGAUCAAGAGUACUAGGAAACUUGGCAUGGGCUUACAUGCAGCAAGGCAAUUACACAACAGCUGAAGAACAUUACAAGAAUGCUCUGGCACUGGAGCCAGAUAAGAACAAGCAGUGCAACUUAGCAAUCUGCUUGAUGCACAUGAACAGAAUUACAGAAGCAAGGCAUCUACUUCAAGCUGUAAGAGAUUCAGCUGGAAAUAAACCAAUGGAUGAAUCUUAUGCCAAGUCCUUCGAACGUUCUUUUGAAAUGCUGACUGAGCUAGAGCAGCAAUCAGUUCUAAGACCAAUUCAACAGAACGAGAACUACUGCACUGGAAUUUCAAGAACACCCAAACCUUCUGGUUCUGGUUAUAUGCCUAUGCCUCCCAGAAGGUGGACAGAUGGACCUGAAUAUGUGACUGUAGCUAAUGAACGUCAUAGAGAAUCUUUCAGACCUGGAAGCUGUGCAAAGUCUUUUGAUAAAUGGAAGAAAGAUUAUGAUCUCAAAAACACAGGUGAUAGCAGGCCUAGUUUUUCCAGCAGUGUGAAGCAAAAUCAGGAUGGUAUGACUGUAACAGAAGUAAAUCCACAUGAAAAAACAUAUGUUUCUCCAGUUCUAUAUACACAACCAAGAAGACCUUCAUGGGGAUUCAAUGAUGGACAUCAGAGAAGUGAGAUAUGGGGAAAUGGUGUUGGCAGUUCAAAUAAAAAGCUUCCACCUGAAAGAUCAGCAGGAAAUGUUCGAGCACAUGUUGUUCGGAAUCUGAAUGCAGACUUGCUAGCUUCAACUCCUAGAGAGUCAGACUCCAGUCUCUCUUCACGAAGUCACGGAGAUUGGAGGAUGCCCCAACGAGAUGCAGUGGCAAGACCUGUUUUGCAACCUGUAUCAAGUAUGACUUCUAGGGGGAAUGAAGGGUACCUCCCAGUGAGAAAUGAAGCCAUGAUCGACCGUUCUUCAAAGUAUACAGGAAAUGGUGACAUAAGAAGGGUUACUUGGGAUAAUGCUGGUAUGCAGAAAUCUGCUGCAGGAUCACAAGUGGUUGAUGAAAAUGCAAAAGCACUGCUGCUUUGUAUUGAUGAAGGUGACAGUCAGAGUUCUGGCACAACUGUUUUAGGGAGCAUGGAAAACAUGAAUGCUUCAGUGGAAGAAGAUUGCUUGGGAGACAACAGUUCUGGUACAUUAGAUAAUGUCCAUCAGUCCCCAGCAGAAAAUGAAAGGCCAACCCUCCACCAGUCCCCAGCAGAAACUGAAAAGCCAACCCCUGAUUUUUGGAAGUACAGUGGUAAGAAAAGCUGGGCAGAUAUGGUUGAAGAAGAAGAAGAAGAGCUGCGUAGUGGAACAACUGGGUAUUUUGAUAGUUGGAAUACUGGAGAUGAGUUUGAUGAUGAAAACAGGAAUCCCAACAUAAUGACUCCUCAAAGUCCUCAGUUUCAAACUCAAAUGAAGAGAAGAAACAGGCUGCAGAGUUUCCAGGAUAUAACCAACUGA